AUGGCCUUUUGGUUGAGCAUUUACUACAUCGUGGUGCUUGCUUACGCAUUCUAUUACAUCGGCCAGUCGUUCACAUUUGGUCCACUACCAUGGAGUUUAUGCAACCAAACCUGGAACACAAUCUGCUGUUCGCCUAAUGCUAGUGCCUACAGUUGUAUUACGAGAACAGUGCUUUUACCAAAUAGGACUGAAGUUUUACGCAGAGUACCAAUACAAGCUGAGAACCUGUCUUCCGUUUCAGACCUAACUCAAAAGCUAAUGAUCUCCACCAACAGCCUGGAGGCCACAAUGUCGCCAAGUGUUAUCAACUGGAAUGAGACAAUGGAAAUGUUUCCAGAGGAAGCGAACUUCUGCCAACAGUGCAGUCAGUGGGAAAUGCCUGUGGUGGAAUUCUGGGAGUAA